UCAUAAAUUUACUACUACCGUGGAUUGAACAUCAGAGGGUAAAAUGGCCACAUCGAAGCAAUUCAUCUAAAAAAGCAAUAUUGCAAUUUGACAUUCGCGCAUGUAAAAGUAAGUGCGCAAUGCAAACAAAUGUCAAAUAGCAAUAUUGCUUUCUAAGAUGAAUUGCUUCGAUGUGGCCAUUUUAACCCCCCCAGUGCUCAAAAAGUGGGACGCACAGUUACUGUUAAUAUAGCGACGUUGACAGUACUUUACCUGCGCAAUGCAAACAAAUGUGCGAUUAGGCGCCGAACUGGCAACACGGAAGUGUGUGGUAAAAACUUGCAAAAAUAUAAACUCACAGCGAAAUAAGAAGGAUGGAACAUCAUAAUUCUAAUAAGUAAUGACAUUGUGCAUGUUAUCAUAGUAUAAACAUUUUAUUUUUUACAGUAAACCCCACAAAAAAUAUUAUUUUCGUUUAAAAUAUACGUCGUUUAGAACGGCAACUUUCCGCUCCCCACCAUCGGCUGAGCUAGGUUUACCUCAGCCCUAGGUCUUACUUUCGUCGUCAAUUGCGUAGUUUCGUAGGUCAAAGAUAAAUUAUGAAAUUUAGUUUAAAGUACUAAAUAAAGACAGAUGUAAAGGUGACAAAAACGUUUUCUUUUUUCGUUAUUUUAAGUUAGGUACGUAGUUAUACCUGUCAUUUUCUUAUUGUAAUCGACAAGAAUAAAAUUUAUGGAGCACACGUCACUUUUACGCAGAAAUUUAAAACAACAACCCUCUAAAAAAUGUACAUUGGCCAAUAGCCCGACAGAAUUAAAUUGACAGCACACAUUAAAGGGGUUGCAUACCAGCGAGAUAACUAUUUAAUUCGCUCGGGUAAUUCAUUCAUUCACCCAUUCAAUUCAAAAUCCAAAACAGUUGUCAAUCAUCCGUCCCAUUCCUUUUCCGCAGAUGACGGGUAUAACUUAAAAAAUAAAAAUUAGGUGACUGCAGGAAUCGGGGCCAUUGGCAUUCUAAGCUUCAACAAAAAACUACGUAGGUACUAUCGAUUAAGGGUACUUACUUAAAUAAAUACAUAUACCCGGCUUUUCGGCGGGAAACGGGAACGGGACAGUUGCUUUCUUCAUUGAGUAAUCUAAAUAAUUAAUACGAAGUGGUGUUUUGUGGAAGACAUUCGCGAGUGUUAUUAUAUUGGAGUAUUCAAUAAACAAAGUGUAUCUGCCUAUUUUCGCUUCGUGCCGGGAAGCCGCUUCAUAACUCAAAAGUUUAUGCGGACUUUUGAGUUAAUUCGUUUGGGGUUCGGAGUAGGAGUCUACUCCGAGGGUGGGGGCUUAGGUUUCAUCAUCAUCACCUUUCAUCAUUUCAUUAAUCAUCAAGAAAAAAAAAUACGUCAGACAUGGCUGUAUGGGCAUAGUUCCCUUUGCCUUACCCUUCGGGGAAAACCAAAACAAAAAAAAAUAAAUAAAUAAAUAUACCCUUACGAAAAUUCUAAACGAAGGGUAGUAUGCAAAAGAAAUGACAGACUGCGUCGCGUCAGUUCGUCAAGGUACGCCGCGCGGAGCAGACGUCGCUUGUCGCUACGGCUAGCUCCGAUGUCAACCGUCGGUUGGUCCGGUUAUCCAUCUAUUUUUUCGCUAAAGUAUCUAUCGACUAAUAAUUUUUGAGAGUGAAUUGUGAAGAAUCCAGACACAAAGACGGUAGUACCGCGGUGAGUUCGCAUUCGCACAAUGUUCAGAAAGGCGCAAUAUAUCGAGUGUGCUCAUCUCAAACACCAAGCGCCUAACGUAGAAAUCACUGAUGAAGUAAAAGAUAGUCUACUUAAAGACUAUCCCGGAUGCCUGCCUCUCUACCAGCCCAGGAGAGUAGAUUACAUUGGCUUGAAGAAAUACUCUUUGAAGAAUUUUGAAGCCCUGGCUUGUGGAUGGAGGGCAUACAAGGAUACCUUCUUCGGCCGCAAGAAGAUGCCUUUCGAGUUUCCUAGAGCGCAAGAUUUCCAUGUCUACAACGGCCACGUGAUUUACGACCCGACGAGCUCGAUCGAUUAUCGACCAAAUUAUCGAUUUCACAUGCGAGCGGGCCCCGGACUCGAUCAUUUGCGUCAACUGCCCAUCCCUAACGACACAUCACUACGACCGAAGGCGGGAAAAGACACCAUGAAACAUAGAGUUCAGCACAAGAAAAAGUUUGUUUUUUAAAUUUUUGUGUUUGGUAUUUUUUGGGUGAAUUUUUGGACUUGCCUCUAGAACGGCGCGCUUGGAUAGUUCUCCGAACACCGGAAGUCAAUGCCAUUACCGUGAAAGCAAAUAUUUCGUAGAAUCUUUUGUCUUUUUGCAAAUAUUUAGGACUUUAUGUGGUCGACGAUUUCCCUCAUUCAGCGCUUAUCGCUAUCGACCCACCAGGGUCGAUUAAUUCUUUCAAAUACUUAUUGUUCCUCUCAGACGACGCCCUGAGCCGAGGUGCGCGCCCAAUAGGGCACCCUAAGGCCGGUUGUCUUAAAUUUUGUACUGGGUGAGACCCUCAGUGCUCCCCAUUUGUCCGGCCAAGUAGUUAAUGCCAUCUGCGGCAAAAAUAUAAUACUUAAGUCACUUCAAAAACAUAUAAAAAAAUAACAUUUUAUGUAUGUCGUCAACUUAUGUAAGUCCUAACUGGAUAUUUGCGAAAACUACAAAUAUUCUAGGAUACUUUUGCAUUAACGGUAAUGACUGGUACGACGCAACGAUAUUGACUGGUGUUCAAAGUUCUACCUUUUCGUGCGAAUUCAACUCGUCGUAUACGUCAAGAAUAUGUAAGAAAGGAACAUUCUCGUCCUCUCAAGUGCUAUGGGACUUUGGGAUAGUGCGCACGAGUUGGUUGUCAUGGACCAUUGUUUUUUUUAUUGUUUUUUCUUUUUAUACUCUUUAUUGUUCGUAAGUACGUGUUCGCGCGAAAUUAAUUCGAACGAAAAUAAAUCUAUUUGUACGUAAUUUUCUUGGCGCAUAUUUUUUAACGACAAAGCGUCAGAAAUUUCGCCAUACGGCCUCUUUCUUGAUCGAAUCAAAUAGAGUCGACAACACUUUAAAAAACAUACAAGAUGGCGCCAACGAAAUUACAUGAGUACCAACUUUAAAAAAAUCACCCAAGUAAAUGACCUAAUGACACAAAGGCGCCAAAAUAACAGUCAUUUUGAAACGCAAAAAGUAGCCCGGUAAAUAACUCUAAUUUUAUUAUUCUCAUUGUUUAUUUUUGUAGUUAUUUAUU